AUGUCAUCUUACAUUUAUCAACUUCUUACGGAUUUUAUAGUUUUCAAAUUAGUCGACUCAUUUGCGAAGUCUGCUAUAUAUGAUGCCACGAAUGAUAUGGAAAAAAAGAGGAUAUGGUUUUAUGAGUCUGGAUUUUUGGCUGUAAUCUCCCUUCCUAUCUAUCUACUUGAUCAUACACCCUAUCUGCUAUGGCUAUUGACUGGUUGCACAUUCCUUUUUACCCAACUGCUUGGUCAGCUUCAUUUGCUCUACUGGUGGAAUCUUUUGAAGACCCGAUGGGAUGAACACUUACAGCAUCAGGAGAGCCUAGAGAGACUCCAAAACACUACCAUGACCACCUCACCAUCUCUGCAACCAGCACCUGCUAUAUCCUCUCCUGUGUCUGCUGCAGGAGGUGCCAGCACUGUCCAGACCUUUUCCAGCUACCCCUUGCUGCCACAGCACCCAUCUCCAGUAAGCACCUACGAUCAUCUGCUCUCCAACACUACUCCAGUGGCCUCCCAACAAUAUGGACAUCAAAACUUUGCCAAUGACCUUUGCAGUCAGCAGGCUGCUUUUCUCCCAUCUUUUUUUCCUGCUAACAAUAAUAUCAUGUCCCCUCAUAAACCUAGGCUUAUUCCUUCUAGCCACCACAGUAGCAACUCUGCUGGCUUUUAUCCAGAGAAUGUAACUGUUUGCCCAGGCAACACUCUUUCAUCACCUGUUAGGGUCCACUGGGCUCACAAUGUGCUCAGACGUAGACCUCUCAGGCCAAAUGCAGUCAGAAGUCCUCUUGCUUCUCCUAAUCUCACACUUUCUCAAAGUCGCCCAUAUGUCAAGAAAGACUCCCCUUUUAGAGAGAGGCUAUUAUCAGUAUUUGGGUUGUCAUCGAAAAGCCCUCCAGGCCUGGAGAACAAUGGCCAGAACCUGUGUUUUAUGAACUGCAUACUACAGUGCCUGGCCAGAACGCCAUUCUUGGUGAGUAGUCUAUCAGCUGUUGAUGUUGACCAGAUGGCUGGCUGCAGUCGAGAAGAGAGGCAGUUCCUCUGUGAGUUUAUUUCUAUUCUCUCGCUCUGUAGUGCCCAGCCGCAGUCGGGAACAUAUGUGCUUGACACAAAGCGGCUGAAAUCAGCUUCCCAACUCUUGAAAUGUAGUUUGCUCAACGAACAUUCCCAACAGGAUGCAGCAGAAUUUCUCAUGUGGCUACUGACCACAAGCCACACUAUCUUGAACAAAAUUUCUGUUGAAGAUUAUUGCAAACGGACGGAGAUAAACUCAAAGUUGGCCUGUUUGAAAGCUCUUUAUGGUGAAAUUAAUUCUUCUCAAAUAAAACAUUUAAGAAUGUCCUGCCAAGAACAGAUUGAUAAGGCUUCAGGUUUGGACACGGAAAGUUAUGCCAAAAUUGCCCAGCGUUUAUCUGACCUUGAUUGGUUAAGCUACAAGAGAGAGAAUGCAUCAGUGAUUGAUGAUCUGUAUACUGGUCAGCUUGUGGAAGCUUAUAAUUGUAGUCGGAAAGGACACAUAUCUGUCCAGACACAAACCUUUGCUGUUCUUCCUGUACCCAUUGGAGAACCUACUAGUGAUUCUCAUCCUACUGCCAAUGUUUACCUUGAAGACUGCUUCACAGAACUUUGCAGUGUAGAACACCUUUCUGAACAAAUCUGCUCCUUGUGUGCUAAAAACAGAAAUGAGUAUCUUGCAUCAACCACAGCUAAAACACCCGCUUCUUACUCACCCAUUAUGUCACCACAUAUUACAGCUCGCAUGAAUCUUCAGACAUCAGCAUUUUCACUGGGAUCACUCAUGUCUCCUAUUCUUGGAGACAUUAAAGACACUUACCAGACUGUGGGUCUACAACGGACUUCAACACCCCGUAAUUUUGGUCUGGCAAGUGAGAAGCAGGACCUUGAAAGACGCUGUCUUCUUCACCAAUUGCCGGAAUGCCUUAUCAUUCAACUCUUACGUUUCACUUUUGAUUCACAAACAAAAGAGACAAAAAAAAUCACCACACCAGUCAGUGUCACUCUUUCUGAUUUGAACCUAAAGAAUAUUGUUUUUGACCUGGUUACCAACACUGACGAUAACCAACAAGAACCAUCUUACACAUAUGAUCUCUAUGCAGUCUGUGUCCACCUCAGCAACCAUGGUACCAGCAGUGGUCAUUAUAUUUCUUAUUGUCUCCACACAAACAGCAAGUGGUAUAAAUUUGAUGAUGAUCAUGUGACUGAAGUAGACAUGAAGUAUGAACUCACAACCCGGCAAUUAACAGAAAAUGCUUAUCUCUUGUUCUAUAAGCGAACAUGA